UCUCAGCAUCUGGCAUCACUCCUGCACCGCACUUAUCCAUGGAUGACGGCCCCUUUUGUGGUCAGCGCCCCGAUGCGUGUGAUGGCGGGCCCGGCGUUGGCAGUCAGCGUCUCACAGGCGGGGGGCCUCGGGUUUUUGGGCCCUGGAGUCCAAACCCACCAUCUCCUGACCGAUUUGCAAGAGAUUUCCGACCGGGUCAAAUCACUGCAGCAAUCGCCUCCGUGGUCAAAAAUUCCUCUUCUUCCUGUGGGAGUGGGGUUUCAGCUGUGGAGCGAUGACCAGGAGACGGCCAUCGCCGCCAUUGAGCGAUACAAGCCGUGUGCCGCAUGGCUAUACGCCCCUCGCGAUCCCCAACGAGACUACGAGCUAUGGUCACGUCGCAUUCGCACCGUGUCCGCCAAAACCCAAAUCUGGAUUCAAAUUGGGACUCUGGCUGAAGUAAGGGAGCUGCUGCGCGGCCAGGAAUGGCCCGAUGUCAUUGUCGUGCAGGGAGCCGAGGCCGGCGGCCACGGUCGCGCUCACGAUGGGCUGGGGCUGAUCACUCUGCUCCCCGAGGUCGACGACUUGGUGGCUGGACGAAUCCCUCUCUUUGCUGCAGGAGGCAUUGCUGACGGGCGCGGUGCCUCCGCUGCUCGCUGUUUGGGAGCGUCGGGGGUGGUGAUGGGGACGCGAUUUCUCGCCUCCCAAGAGGCCCGCAUCAGUAGCGGAUACCAGCAGGAAAUCGUACGCGCCAGUGAUGGAGCUGCUUCCACGACCAAGACUCUAGUGUACAAUCAUCUACGUGGGACUACGGGCUGGCCGACUGAAUACAGCCCCCGGACCAUCAUCAACCAGUCCUUCAUCGACCACCAACAGGGGCGCCCGUUUGAUGAGCUCAGAGAGCUACAUGACCAAGCCUUGCAGGCUGGAGAUAGUGGCUGGGGUCCCUCUGGCCGACUGGCUACCUACGCUGGAGCCUCCAUUGGGCUGAUUCAUGAGGUCAAAAGUGCAGCAUCCAUUGUACACGAGGUGCAGGGGGCAGUUCGGAAGAGGUUGAGGGAGGAAGCAGAGGAGAAGGAGAAGGAGGAGGAGUAGCUGACGGUGCGGAUGCAUUGGAAACCCAUCCAGUUGAAACAAACUCCAUACAAACAUACCUC